UGAGCCUGUUUGCUCUUUUCCCAUGCACAAAGAUUUCUUUCUCUCUCUUUUUUAGAGGCAGACCUAAUGAGCAGGGUGAGCCUAACCUCCAGGUGAUGACAUGCUUGUUUUGCUACUCCUGCUGAGACACAAAUAGCCUGCUGAUGAGAUGGAGACUGCAGGAAUGAUUAAGAACAGUUCAGAUGCAGAAAUGCAACUGCACAGCGAAAGCUCAGGGGCAGCCUGCGAUGAGACGCUGUAUUGUGCUCUCCUAUUAGAAGGAAUGUGGUAGUGAUGUAUAAGGUAUGAACGAUGUGGCCUGCAGAGUACCAGAAGCACUGCCUUUGCUGCUGUUGCUUCUGCUGCUGAGAAGGAGAUGCUCUCACUGAACUGAAACUGCUGAGGAUUUUCUCACUAGGAUACCCGUUUCUGAGUGCUUCUGCUUUCAGGAUCUACGGAUUCUACUGCGGGCAGACUGACUGAUAAAUAUACAUACACACAGGGGUUAUCUCCCAGAAGAAAAUAAAGAACUGUCCAUAUUGUUUUAGGAACAGAAGACGGGGGGAGCAUUUCCCCCCUGCAACAAGAGGAUGUGUAGGGGGGCAGAUGAAGAAGCAAGCCUGUCUGAAGAAUAUCCAUAUGUGUGAAGACACUCUGGUUGCAGACAUCAUAGGAUUUUGGUCAUUGCUUCAUAACUGAUGUUCUUUCGGUUGACUUUGGGCUAUACUUCUAGAAUUUGGAAGAGCUCUGAAUGUUUGGUAACAUCAACUGUGGUAGCCAGCAUCACACGGAAUUGCAGCAGUGGCCAAGGCAUGGUGACUGCUAAGUGGAUCUAGGCUUCAUGACCGGAAACAGAUUACUGAGAAUCGCAGAGCCUGUGUGUGACACCGUCAUGAAUGAGAGAAGGAAGUAAUACACUAUUGGAUGUGCCCGCUUGCUGCCAGUUUUGAGACGCAGCAAAAAUGAUGCAUUGUGGGGAAUCACUCCAAAAGGGUGAAUGAAAUGAACUGUCUGCAUUCUAGUAUCUGAGGAGCUGAGUUAUUCUCUUGGAGAGUUGUUCUAAAUGAGCCUGGCCAAGAUACUGGAUCUGUGUGAAGAGGACUAAGGAUAUAAUAGGAUGUCAACUGAGACAGAACUUCAAGUGGCUGUUAAAACCAGCACAAAGAAAGACUCAAAGAAGAAAGGUCAGGAUCGCAGCGAAGCCACUUUAAUAAAAAGGUUUAAAGGCGACGGUGUUCGAUACAAAGCAAAACUCAUUGGGAUAGACGAAGUUUCUGCGGCACGAGGCGACAAGUUAUGUCAAGAUUCCAUGAUGAAAUUAAAGGGAAUUGUUGCUGCAACUCGUUCAAAAGGGGAACACAAGCAGAAAAUAUUUUUAACUAUCUCAUUUGGAGGAAUCAAAAUCUUUGAUGAGAAGACAGGCCUACUACAGCACCAUCAUGCAGUUCAUGAAAUUUCAUACAUCGCAAAGGAUAUCACAGACCAUCGGGCCUUUGGAUAUGUGUGCGGAAAGGAAGGGAAUCAUAGAUUUGUGGCAAUAAAAACAGCCCAGGCAGCGGAGCCUGUAAUUCUGGAUUUGCGAGACCUCUUUCAACUCAUUUAUGAAUUGAAACAAAGGGAAGAGCUGGAAAAAAAGGCACAAAAAGAUAAACAGUGUGAACAAGCAGUGUAUCAGACAAUUUUGGAGGAAGAUGUAGAAGAUCCUGUUUACCAGUACAUUGUGUUUGAGGCUGGACAUGAGCCAAUCCGUGAGCCUGAAACAGAAGAAAACAUUUAUCAGGUUCCUACUAGCCAAAAGAAGGAAGGUGUUUAUGAUGUGCCAAAAAGUCAACCUGUAAGUCUGGAGAAUGGAAGCCUGUUGUUGGACAUAGAUGAAAAUCUUGGUAGAGUCACUCAGGCUGUUACCCAACUAGAGCUGUUUGGGGACAUGUCCACUCCUCCUGAUGUAACCUCUCCCCCUACCCCUGCAACUCCAGGUGAUGCCUUUAUCCCAUCUUCAUCCCAGUCACUUCCUGCUGGUGCAGAUGUAUUUAGUUCUGUACCUUACAGCACUGCUGCUGUACCCUCAGGUUAUGUUGCAAUGGGAGCUGUCCUGCCCUCCUUCUGGGGACAACAACCUCUUGUUCAACAACAACUGGCCAUGGGUGCUCAGCCUCCAGUUGCUCAGGUGAUGCAGGGAGGACAGUCAAUUGCAUGGGGACAACCUGGGAUAUUUUCUCCCACCCAGCAACCAUGGCCAUCUGUAGCUGGUCAGUUUCAGCCUGCUGCCUUCAUGCCAACACAAACUGUAUUGCCUUUACAAGCAGCCAUGUUUCAAGGUACCGUUGCCCCCAUUGCUACCGUUCCACCUACAAGCGAUUCUACCAGAUCCAGUCCGCAGACAGAUAGGCCUAGGCAGCAAGCAGGAAAAGAAAUGUUCAAAGAUUUCCAGAUGGCUCAGCCUCCGCCAGUGCCAUCACGAAAACCAGAUCAGCCUUCCCUCAGUUGUACCUCAGAGGCCUUCUCCAGUUACUUUAACAAAGUUGGGAUGGCACAGGAAGCAGAUGAUUGUGAUGACUUUGACAUCUCUCAGUUAAAUUUGACUCCUGUGACUUCUACAACGCCAUCGACGAACUCACCUCCAACUCCUGCUCCUAGACAAAGUUCCCCAUCCAAAUCCUCAGCAUCUCAUACCAGUGACCCUGCUGCAGAUGACCUCUUUGAAGAGGGCUUUGAAAGUCCAAGUAAAAGUGAAGAACAGGAAGCGCCUGAUGGAUCUCAGGCCUCAUCCAACAGUGAUCCAUUUGGUGAGCCCAUUGGUGAUACUGUAAGUCCACAGGGCGAUAGCUAGAUAGCGCAGGUUGGGGAAAGAGAGCCUCUCUAUGCCCAGAUCAACAGACCUAAGAAAUAGCGUUGACCCACGCUUGUGGUGCUUCAAGACUCAAACAGAAAACUACAGCCUUGACAGGCCUUUGGCUCCCACAUUUUCUUGCAGUUGAUCUCAUCUAAUAAAGGAUAAUCACCUCACUGCAUCAGUUCAACAAGCAAAAUAUUUUGGCAACCAGUGGCAACUCUCUAUGGCAGAACAUGACACUUUUGUUUUGUUCCACAGUCCUGAUAUCCAAGCAAAAUCUUUCCUCAAGUUUCAACUAUCCAGCAUUUCCCACCACGCCUUGUCACUUUUUUGCCAUUUCAAGUGCACCACAUUAUGGAAGUAAUCAGUUCAAAUCUGUUAAAGGACUGCUAAUCGUUUAAUAAUAUAAAAAAAACACAGGGAAAAAAUCAUGAAUUCUACAGCCAUUGAGCUCUGUGGCUGCACAUUUUGAUAAUAUGGUGACUUUUUUAUCACCAUAUUAGACUGAUCUGGCUGUAUUCCCCGCCGCUGCCGCCCAAUACUACUCUAUAAUGGCAUAUUUGAAGGUAGGGGACAAAGUAUUUGAGUGUUCCAUUCUAUCCCUUUUCUUACAGACAGGUGACAGACUCUAGCAGCAAAAUGCCUCCUGUGAAAAUCAUCCUUAACUUGAAACCAUGGAUUGCCAUUCUGCUGAUUAUCCAUCUUGAUUGGGAAACGUUGCCAAAUGGACCUUUUGAAAUUACAGUACAUCAAAGAGAUGAAAUGCUGCUUUUUUGUUUUGAAUACUUCUGCUGUGGGUAGAAAAGGACAUCAAAUAUUUUGAUGAAGAAAAAGAAGAAGAAAAAGACUUAACAGUGUUAUUUCCUAGGGGACUCUUAAAACAAAGACCAGUAAAGGAAUAUUUUUUAUUUCUUUGAUAUCUUGCUGCUGUAAUGCUAUGCAGACAAGCGUUUUUCUUCUCUGUGUGCCAUUUUUGAAGAGAGAGAGAAAAAAAUUGUUUGCCAAAUACUUCCAGUAUGCUUUCUGGAUUUGAUUGGGAUGGACUUUAUUAACCAAGAUGAAGAUGGCAUGAAUUUUGAAACUGAUUAUGUGAUCAAAUUGUUCAUCUUUAUCACUUUUUGUACAUCAGAAAAAUUCAAAUGGGAUUUUUAUUUUAUAACUUGAAAUUAAAAAGGAAAAAAAAACUUACCAUAAAACUCUUUAAAUGUUUAAGGGGAAAUGGCUUUAAGGAGUUUGAAUGAAAUUUGCCAGGUUUUUUUUGUAAAUAUAAAAUGUUAUGAGAGUUCUUUUAAUAAUGCCAUGACACUGUAGAGAAGGUAGCAAAUGGCAGUACUUUGGAAGUGUGGAAACCCCCAGUCUGUGGCUCUUGCAUCUCGUAUGGUUUUCCCCCCCCCACAUGCUUAUAAUAAAGUGCAUUUCCCAGCAGCAAUUAGGUUGUCAGCAACUAGUAAAGUUGAUGGGUAACACAUGAUUUAUUUUCUUGCUUUUAUGACACAAAUAUUACUACAUACUGUACAUUUUCAAGGGAAAAAAGUACAUUCCAUAGCCAUUUCAUAGCUAGAAAAUAAAAAUUCAAAACUGUUUACACACAAAUCGGAAACAACUUUUUAAAAAUUCUCUUUUUUAAACAUUUAUGUAAGAAAAGUGCAGUGUUUGGUUCCUAUCCUUAGCACAUAAUUUGCAUAAAGAAUCUAUAUAUUUUUGGCCUACAGAGAAUUGUUAUACAGGUCAAAUGUGUUUUCCUGAAGUUCCUAUGCAGAUCACAAUAUAUUGAAUUUUAGUGGUUUAGCACUAAAAAAAAAAGUUAAUGAACCCAAAUGAGAAAUUGCUUAAUGGGUUAUGCAGAUUUUUGUUUUUAGAUCAUAACACCAAGGUUUCUGUGUGUUUUCCAUUGAUUUGUGUAGGCCUAGAGUUGUAUAUUUACAUAUGUUUGAAUGGUUUAAUGAAAGCAUUUUACACACACAGCUGAAAGCGGAACAGGAUGGUGAUUUGGUGGUGCUGGCAACUAAAUUUCCUAAUUCCAGCCAGUACCUGUGAAAUAUAUACUGAAUGUGUGCUUUAGCAGUGAGUGAAUGAUACACUAGAUGUUGAUAGGCUCAGUAUCAAAGAAGUGAGAUCUGAUGCACUGUUCCUGUCAUUUCUUCUCUCUGUUCUAAUUGUCAGGAUCUCUCUGGCAAACUCACAUCAAACAAAAGAUGCAAAAAAUAUAUUCCCAGUAGGAUUUAAAAUGUGUGGGAUUGUAUAUUUUCAGUUCAACCAAUUGAAUGAAAACAUUUUCUUAUUAGAUAAUCUUCCAAUUAUUGAUUUUAAUAGGAAAUGCUACAUUCUUCCUUAACAAAGCUAUUUACAGGGUUGCCAAACAUCCGGAAUUCCCCGGCGAAAAUAGCAUUGGGGGGAAUUUCGGGAAAUUGGUAAAAUGUCCAAGAUUGAGGAUGAUUGCCAAAAAAAAGUUCAACUUUUGUAUACUGAAUUUUGCUUCCAUAAAUAGGGCAACCCUACUAUUUACCAUUUUUGUGUUGGGAUAUUGGAUUAGAAGAAGGUGACAUUUCAGUUCUUCAUAAAACUUUGGAGUAGGUUGUGGUCUCAUUAGCUUUUCAGUUAAUGACCAAAGCAUUCACAUCAUAGUUUGAAGAUUUCUGUAACCAUACGACUCUCAAGAACCUUCCCAGGAUGGGAAAAGUUUAUGUAACCAAUACUACACAGUAGCUAUAAAAGAGAAUCAAGUUGGGAUAUCAAAAUCAGAACUCACAAAGAAAUUUGCUCCAUGUAAACAUUUGGUUGUGGGUUUUUUGGGGGGUGGGGUGGGGUGGGGUUGAAACAAGAGACUCCAUAGCUGCCCUGUUCCACCAUCAGAAGAUUCAUUUUUUGCCAUAGCCUAGAAGAGAGAUAAUAUUGGAGCCUACACUGUACCAUUUGAUAGAUACAUAAUAGGUUCAGGGGAGUCAACAAGCUUUCCCCAUCCUGCUCUUCACUAGCACUAAAUUUGUCACUUUAAAUUUUAAACCAGGGAAUCCCACUCACCAUCCUGUACUGUCUUGAUUCCAACCAUGUCAUUAAAAAAAUAUUUUGAUAGAUCGUAGUCAUUCAACUGUCUGACAAAACCUAUGAUCAAAUAAUGUACUGGGCACCUUCGUUGCAAAGAUGUUUACUCUCUACCUUUAUUCAUUUUGAUUUCUGCAUUCCGACACGUAUUUUUUUAAUAAAGAAAAGAAAGAUAAAAAUGACUGUUUUUUGCAGUACAUUUCUAGAUCUACUUUAACUUUACCUCAGAGGAAAACCAUUUGUUGAACAUCUUUUUUUCACCCUUAACUUUAUGUGUAAUGCAUUCAGCAGAAAAAAACCAACAAAUUUUUAGAAAUUUUCCAUUAAUUUCUGUAACACACCAUGUAAUACUGUUACAAAUAAAAACAUUUAAAAUCAUAA